AUGCGUCCAUCCAACUCUGUGACCUUUGAACCCGGGGUGGAGCGAGGUGUUCCCUGGGGUCAUGACCUCUUUACCUUUGUGACAUCAGCAGCAGGCCACAUGAUGCGGACACUCCAGAGACCAAGGAAGAACCGGCCGUCCAAACGUCAAGUGAACCACCGGCGCUUCCUACACAACAUGAUCCAGAGGUGUGUGUGUACCGUAUGUGUUUCAGGUGAGAGUGAGUGUCAUUAUAAGAUGCCAUAAACUUAAAUGUUAUACUGCCCAUUCUCUCAAACAGGAAGUUUGCAGAGAUAGAGACAGCCAAUCACCAGCUUGCGUCUGUCCUCUUCUCAGCAGAGGUGGCGAAUAGCGACACACCUUCCCCAUCACGACAGCCAAUAACCACUGACCUAUCUAACAGCACCUCUAAAGAAGGUAUUCUCUCUUUAAUCAUCCAGGUAACUUGAUGCAUAAAUUAAGCAAACUGGGCUCCUAUGUUGUUUAUACUUAUCUUCACCUUUUGUCCUUUCUCCUCCCUCUGAAUGAACCACCAUUUUGACUCCGACUCCCCUCCAGCUCCUGUAAGUGCAGAAGCAGACCUUUCCCUUUGUUCACAUGAAACAGAAGCCCUUGCAACAGAUCAGAAUGACCCUGGAGACCAAUGGAGACUCAACCCCAAACGACUCCAAAUGGACCUGUCCAACAGCAACACUCCAAGUAAAGGAACAUACCAAAAGACUCAUAAACAGGGGAGCAGAAUAGAAAAUCAAACUGACUACAGGUCAUCCAUAACAUCAGAGAAAACCAUUGUCUUAGAACAAGAGGGGGAACACUUUCACACAGAACCCUUCAGUUGUGAUAUCACUUCAGAGGAGAGCCUUUAUAGCUGGAUCGACAGCAUUAGAGAGAAAUAUGAAACCCAACUCAGACGUGACUCAAAUUCAAACAUCACGGCCCCAACUCAAAACAUGGAUACCUCAACUUUCAACCCAUUACCCCUCUCGCCCGGACUCUCCCCUCUGUCCCUAGACUCCUGUGACUUUGGGGUCACAACGGUCGAAGACAACGCAGCCUGCUCCCAGUCCCAAAACAAUAUGGCAGACAGUGAGACAGUGGAGAGCCAGAGAAUGGAUGUGCUGAGGCUGUGGGACUCAGAGGUUGAACCACAGAAUGAUGGGGGGUUUAGGGACGGCAUGGACCCUCAGGCCCAUCUAGAGACCAUCUGGGGGUCUCCUGGUGAAGAGAGGAGCCUAGCCAAUAAUGUGCACGUUGAUGACAUCACGUUUCUGAACCAAUCUGAGAGUUUCAUAGAGAAGUUGAUGCUCCACACCAGCAGCAGCAGUGACGCUAGAUCUGAGAUGGAGCAGAUUGACUGUGAUAGAGGGCAGUAUGAAUACGGAUCUGGAUACAGAUGCUCUAUAGAUCCAGUAACAGCCAUAAGAGACUUCAUAAGUGGCCAGGGCAGUUCACAGUGUAUGUUGGAGAGUGCUGUGGGGAGACAAGGUACAGAUAGGCAGUUCACCUGUUUAAAUAUUACCCCAAACCAACUGUCCACCUCUGUAGGCUACCAUUGUGACUUCCCAGACCCCAACAUCCUCCAGAGGUCUUGUCCCCAACAAGAUGGUACCUUCUCAUUGGUGAAUGAUGAUAUGAGUCAGAGUUGUAUUCCCUUUGAGGGAGUGGCCAGAUCCUUCCCUGCCCCAGUUCACACCCCUCAUUCACAUCAGGUUCUAACCCCGCCCCUGGAAGAUGAUUGGUUGUUCACUGAUAUCAUGGGGGGCCCAUCAGUGUGAGUAGUUCAUCCCGCUAACGGCCAAAUUAGCUGCAGUGCCACUAAAAAUGGGGAAUGAUACUUCACCUUAUAAAUGAUCUAUUGUGGUUCGACUGUAUUAGUGUAUUCACUUCUUUAUGUGUGUAAUGUUAACUUAUUGAUAAAUGGUGAAACAUAAUUAAAUAGGUCAGUCUCUCCUUACAAUAAAUUACAGUAAAUGUGUGCAUGUAACUGGGUGUUCACCAAACCAAUAAACAAAUUGAAACACACAAAAUGUAAAAACCAACAACAUAUAUUAAAGUUCACCCCAGUCAGAUAUGUUUUAUAAUUACAGCAUCAUAAACCAAAAAUGGCUUACAAACAACACAUUUCCAAAAUGUUCCAUUUCCACAGAAGCCAUAAAAGAAAGAAAAAUAACAAAAUAAUAAUAAUAAUACACCUUUGAAAAAGCACCGGUCUCGCUACAGAUGCACAGACACUUUAGUUCUCUGAUCACAUGCCAGGGGUCAGCCAAUAACCUUUAACCUCAAACCAACCUUCCUAUUACUUCCCCUGAAGACCAAACCUAGAUAGUUUAAAAUGUAGUGAUCUUAGUGUUCAAAAUGUGAAAACUUUAAAGUGACAGUUUGCAUCCAAAUAACAUUUAAAAAAUCAGCUCAGAUCUUUGACAAAUCAGUUAGAUUUACAUAUAAAACCUGUAUCAUCUUCAGAGAGAUGGGACUGACUGAACCAAUGACAGCCGCUGAUAAUGUCUGAGUUUGGUCAAUUACUGCCCUCUAAUGGUGCAUAUGUAAAGUGCAGAAUCUACAGUAAUUUACAAAAAAAUGUAUUUUUUUGCCAAAUAAAUCACAUGAAGAGGAAGAAAAGAAAAGGCCAAAUACACGUUGUCGUUUUUUCAGUAAUCAAAUACUAAUAGAACUCAUUCUUAAUUCAAAUAUCCCAUGUCCUCAUUAGGUUGCUAGUUCUAAAGAUCCAACUGUUUCUAUAGUACUGUCAUGAAAAUUAUCAAAAUGGAUCUUGGCUUUGCUCUCCACUGUGUCAAGCUUGAGUUUGACAUGAGAUAAUGAUGGGGAACUGUACCUUUGCUCUGAUAAAUGCUCUUUAAACAACCUUUUAGUAAUUCAACCCUGCAUGCGUUUCAACAGGAAUGUCCUAGUCUUAUGUGGAGGGAGAUAAACAUUCUUCCUUGGGCAAGAGCAGACAACUGUGAUUACCGAAGAGACUAUGCGGCCAAUGCUAUUAUUAUUAUAGAAUGCACCACCAUGCAAAUAUGUAGCGUUUUACUAGACUGAGCAGCAAAACACUGUCAAGGUGCCCUGUGUCUGUAAGUAUGUGGACAUGACAUCUACUCCCUGUACAGACUUCUGCUGUGUCAGGCAUAGUGGUUAUGGGGCUUAGAGGAGUUAAAAUAUAAACAAUAUACAUUAACAAAAAGGCUUUGCACUUGUUAAACUUGAAUGAAUCGUGAAUGUUGUUGGAGAUUAAAGGGGGCGGGGCAUGUAUACUCUAAUAUUCUUAAAACCACAUCUUCUAACCGGCAAGAGAUCUCCUUGUCUGUCACUUAAUGAAAAGACACAAUUUUGGACGAUUCGACCGAUUAUGUCUUCCGCAAAAAACACUAUUAUGAUAUCAGAGGAGAGAAGCCUAGAGCGUUGCUGUUCUAGAAUGAUCUAUACAGAAAUGAUGGGUAGGAACAGGGUUUUCUUGGUGCUUCAUAUUACAGAUCUGAAGACAAUGAACUCAACGGAAGUUGCUGGAAAAAGUCCUCAACUUUUGUCUGUUAUUCCAGAGGGUAGUUCCAUGGAUUUACAGUGGAAAUUCCCCAACAGUAGUCUCUGCCAUAGUACUCUACUUGAAUCUAUUCUAUUCUACUAGGUAUACUACAAUACGUCCCUUUUUCUCAUCCAUACGCCCACCAUUUGGUUAAACACAAAAGCUUUGUUCCAUAAAUAUAUUACACAAUGAAUGAAUAAUGAACAAUAUUACAAUGUACAAUAUGUAUUUUUGAUAAAAACAAAAUAUAUGGAUGCUUAUGAUAUGUUGAGAAUGACUAGUAGUCUGGAAACAUCAACAUUACGUCCUCAAUUUUCCUGUUUUCCUGUUCUGUGUAAGUGAUUCCAGUGUUCUGCUCCACAGGUGAGUUCUGAUAUAGUGUUGGUUACUGUCUUAAAUGUCUGUCAUCUCUCUGUCCAAUAUAUUUCCAGUGCAUUCCCUACUAACCAAGACCUACAAACUUCCCUAACAUCCUGAUACACUGUAAAAUAGAACAACCAAUACCCCAUCCCGUAAUUAUUUAACAACAUAAGUCUACAUAGAUAGACAGAUGUUGUUAACCACAACCCACCUAGUAAUUGUGACUCUGCUCUUAACCUCUCUCUAUUGCCAUGGUUACAGUAUGUGUGAGGCCCUGCCUUCCUUUCUAUCAGUACCAGUGAUACCACACCAGUAUGUCAACUACCAAUGAUAUGUCUGAACAGACUGGAAAUAAUACAAAAAACAACCAGCGGCAAUAAAUUAUUUAGGCUUAUGCUCAUAUUCAGACUGAUAUAAAUUACAUAGAUUCAACUGCCUGUACUUUAUAAGAAGCGAUAUGUUAAAGACUUGAGUUAAAGAAACGAUCUACCUACUGUAGCUAUCUACCUAUACCUACCUAUGCAAUCCAUUGGCCUAUCUACAGUAACUACAUAUCUGUCUCUAUCUAAAAAGGUAAAUGAAUGUCUAGAUAACCCAGAUGCAGAGCACAGCACUGAAGCCAGACUGCAUGGAGGUUCAGCUUUUUUGCAAUAGUGUUUGAUGCAACUGCAAUAACAUGUUUGGUUGUCAUCGCUUGUCAUGACAAAAGAUAUCAACAUUUCAUCAUCUUAUGAUAAUCAUAAGAUAGAUUGAUAAGGUCUACGAUGAUGCCGGUGUUUAUACCCUAGCCAGUUUCACCAGUAUGUGUGAUGAUGGAGUGAAAUAUCAUCAGUCUUUUUCUAUAAAAACUUGACGCAUACAACAUCAAGGUUGAUAAUCAUAUUUCCUUUUUUCUCUCUCUCACUUAACCCUCUCUUCCCUGAUUAAUACUUUCCCCAUAUAUGACCUAAUUCAAACUACAAACAAAUUAGUAAUAUAUCCUAAAAUACUUCACAGACAUUCUGUGUUUGUUUUCUAAAAUACGUUUUCAAAUAAUAAUUUGGCCUAAAAAUUGUAUUCAAGUGAGAGAGAGAAAGAUCAACAAUUUGUGUGAGCUUCUCCCAGGCUUGUUAACAUACAGAAGAGCAUAUCAGCUGUCUUUCACACUAGCAGUCAAUGAGCGAUUUACAAGACACACACUGACAGAGGAACUAAAGAAACAUUUAUCAGUCCCCUGUGUGUGUGUGUUUCUCUAGUCUUGCAAAACGUCUUCCCAAACAUGCAGAUUGUCAUUAACCCUUUGAGGAGUGGAACAUUAUUCGGAGUGUUCUAUUCCAGGAUUCUACAGCAUUCUAGAACAUUUAGCAGCCCUUUGUGAUGUCAUCAACUAGAACGCUAAACACAGGGCGGAAUAUUGUCAGAGCUCCUCAAAGGGUUAAACAUGGCUUUACAUUGAUAGUGGCCAGUAGCCAUCUUAUUUCUGGCAUUUGAAGCGUAAUACAGUUUCAUAAUAAUAGAACAUGGCUAUGCUGAUAUAAUUAGCUUUCCCUCAGAUUUCUGGGAGAUUAAGUUUCCCCCAGUGAGAUUACAGUCCAUAUUCUUGCUCAAGAAUCAUCAUCAAAUCAUCUUCCCCUCUUGUAGUGUGUGUGUGUGUGUGUGUGUGUGUGUGUGUGUGUGUGUGUGUGUGAGAGAGCGAGAGUGUGAGUGUAUGCUCUCUGUUCUAGUUUGGACUGCAGAGGAACUAGUUUAAAAGUGCUGGACCAGUUAGUCAGUCUAUGUGAGUGUGUAUUUGUAUGUAGGCCUAUGAGUCUGUGUGAGUACGUAUCUGUAUGUAUGCAUGUGUAUGAGUGUGUGUUACUCAGUGUCGUUGAGGCUGUAUGGUGGGGGGGGUCCCAGACUGUUGUUUUCAGAGGGGGGUGUGGGGGUGCCGGGCCCAGUGCCGGGGCCAGUACCAGAAGAAGGGGUCGGGGAGGGGGGGGGCUCCUCCGAGUCAGAGUUCUCACACGACAGGUCAUCCACCAAUGCCCUGCGACCUGAACGCAUCCCUAGGGGCAACGGAGCACGCCUGGGGGGGAGAGAGGUGGGAGAGAGGGUCAUGGAGAUGGAGAGGAGGUAA